AUGGCGCCCCCUUUCCGAGCUGAGCAAAUCGAUUCUCUAAUGCGAUCGGCUGAGCUUUUAGCCGCUCGUGCGAUCGCUGGCAUGGCCACCUCAUACUCGCAAUUCAACGCGAAGACGCAGCUUGCGACCGAGAAUGCUAUUGCGGGCGCAGUAGCCAAGCAACCUGAGCUCGGGACUAGACCAAUCACUUCGGGCGAGUCUGCAAAAGAUAAACUUUUCUCUGGGUUCUUUGAAAGGCUCGGUGAAUUCACCGACAGAUGUCGAACAGAAUUCUCAACAAUGAAGACUCUUCAGACAUUGGGUAUUCAGACACGGGACUCAAUGGUUGCUGCCAACCGGGUCUAUCGUGUUGGGGCGCGUAUAUCUCUAAAUGGAGGCCUUGCGUAG